AUGAAUAUGGCUUCUAUGCAACUAACGAGAACGGCUUUUUUCGGUCUCUUCAAAGCUUUACCUAAAAGCCAAGCUCCGAGAAGUACUCUUGCGGUGCUGAUUGGUCGGAAAAGCUCUCGUGUCUUUUUCGCCUCAUCAUCUGUUAACCAUUCUAAGGGAAGAAAUGAUCCGGUAGAGAAAGCGAGAGAUUCAAGGGCUGAUUUGGCUUAUGAUUCAAAGAAAUGGAGAGAAGAAUCCGGAGAAUACACAGAAGCCGGCAAAGCUAAGGACAAAGCUUACGAUAUGAAAGAGAAGACGAAAGAUUAUGCAGAACAAACAAAGGAGAGAGUAAAUGAAGGAGCUAGCAGAGCAGCUCAUAAAGCUUACGAUGCAAAAGAAAAUGCCAAGGACAAAGCUUAUGAUGCUAAAGAGAGGACUAAAGAUUUUGCAGAGCAAACGAAGGAUAAAGUGAAUGAAGGAGCAAGCAAAGCAGCUGAUAAAGCCUACGAGACCAAAGAGGAUGCUAAGGAAAAAGCUUAUGAUGUUAAAGAAAAUACAAUGGAUUACGCAGAACAUACUAAGGAUAAAGUGAAUGAAGGAGCAAGCAGAGCAGCUGAUAAAGCCUAUGAGACGAAAGAGAAGGCUAAGGACAAAGCUUAUGAUGUGAAAGAGAAGGCCAAAGAUUAUGCGGGUGACACUAAGGAUAAGGUGAAUGAAGGAGCAAGCAGAGCUGCGGAUAAGGCCGGAGAGACAAGAGACAGAGCCAAGGAAUAUGCAGAGGACUCGAAGGAGAGAGCAGAGGAUAUGGCUCAUGGGUUUAAGGAAAAGGCUCAAGAUGUUGGGGAGAAGACUAUGGAGACUGUGAAAGAGGCAUGGGAGACGGCGAAGAAUACUGCUCAAAAAGUUACUGAGGCGGUGGUUGGAUCCGGUGAGGAGGCGGAUAGAGCUCGGGAUGAUGUUGAUAAGGGGUUGGAUGAUUUGUCGAAAAGGGCCAGGGAAAAUCGGAAAGAUGAAGAUGAUUUCAAGAAGAGGUUCUAA